ACAACAAUUUUCCCCAAUUGACAAUAUGAACAAUUUUUUCUUGGCCAGCACUUUACUGUCCCUUUUGACCCCUUAUGAAACUUUUAGAAGCGUGUCAGAGUGAGCUUUGCUGCCUGGUUUUUCAGCCUUUUGUCUCUCCCAGUUCCAGCGAGGGCUUCGGCGUGGCGGGGAAGAUCCUGCUGCUCUCCUUCAUCUCCGCCGUCAUCCUCAUGGCCAUCCUGGGCAACCUGCUGGUCAUGGUGGCCGUGUGCAGGGACAGGCAGCUCAGGAAAAUCAAGACCAACUAUUUCAUUGUUUCCCUGGCCUUUGCUGACCUGCUGGUGUCGGUGCUGGUGAUGCCCUUUGGAGCCAUCGAGCUGGUCCAGGACAAUUGGGUCUACGGGGAGAUGUUCUGCCUGGUGAGGACAUCCCUGGACGUGCUGCUCACCACAGCCUCCAUCCUGCACCUCUGCUGCAUCUCCCUGGACAGGUACUAUGCCAUCUGCUGCCAGCCCCUGGUGUACCGGAACAAGAUGACCCCGCUGCGCAUCGCUGUGAUGCUGGGAGGCUGCUGGGUCAUCCCCACCUUUAUUUCUUUCCUCCCUAUCAUGCAAGGCUGGAACAGCAUUGGCAUCAUUGAUCUGAUCCAGCAAAGACAAUUCAACAAAGCCUCCAACUCCACCUACUGCAUCUUCAUGGUGAACAAACCCUACGCCAUCACCUGCUCCGUGGUGGCUUUUUACAUCCCCUUCCUGCUGAUGGUGCUGGCCUACCACCGCAUCUACGUGACGGCGCGGGCACACGCGCGGCAGAUCCGGCUGCUGCAGCGGGCAGGGAACCCCCAGGAGCCACGGGAGCCACGUCCAGGAGACCAGCACAGCUCCCACCGCAUGAAAACCGAGACCAAAGCUGCCAAGACCCUGUGCAUCAUCAUGGGCUGCUUCUGCCUCUGCUGGGCCCCGUUCUUCGUCACCAACAUCGUGGAUCCCUUCAUAAACUACACGGUGCCCGGCAAGCUGUGGACGGCCUUCCUGUGGCUGGGCUACAUCAACUCGGGCCUGAACCCUUUCCUCUACGCCUUCCUCAACAAGGCUUUCAGACGUGCCUUCCUCAUCAUCCUCUGCUGCGGCGACGAGCGCUACCGCCGGCCCUCCGUGCUGGGCCAGAGCGUGCCCUGCUCCACCACCACCAUCAAUGGCUCCACGCACGUGCUGAGGUACAAGGUUUUACACAAUGGGCACCACCAGGAACAAGAGAAGCUUCCCAUCCACGCUGACCCCGAAUCCCAAGAGUCCUGUUUCUAGUCCUGGGCCAGCAGAGGAAGAGCAGAUCCCUCCAGGAUAUCCCAAGGACUCGAACAUUCCUCCACCUGCACUGUCGUGGUGCCUCCUGCAGCGAAUUCCCAGCAAUGUGCAGCGGUGGGAGCUGGGGAGGGUCAGCACUGCUGUCCCUGUCCCUGUCCCUGUCCCUGUCCCUGCAGGGGCAGCUGGAGCACAGCUGUGCCAAGCCCUGCUCCAGGAGCACAGGCAGGACACAAAACAGCUCCAAACCAGCCGUGCAGGGGCUCCUGCUGCUCCUUUCCUGCUGCUCCUUCAUUGCCAGCUCUGCUCCCCCUGUCCCGGAGGUCUCAGGCCGUGCCUGGGUGGCUCUGAGCUGCUCCAUCCCUGCUGCUCCUGCCAGGGGAGGAGCAGCACCGGCUU